CUGAGAGACUGUCAGCACAACAGCAAGGUGGGCCAGCCAGCAAAGGGAGAGAACACCAGAAGAGGCCUUCCUGUUUAGUGGAACUGGAACUAUACUCAAGAACAAACAAAUCAUCUGAUUCUAGAAGACACUUUGUAACACACUGAGAACCAAACAUGAGAGGAUCUUCCUAUUCCCAGAAAUCCCAGUCCCUGCAGGUGAGUGGGGCACGCAGCAGUAUGCGAGUUCAGAGCCCCUCUCCCUCCCGGUGCCGUGGAUCCUCGUACAACAACCGUGGACGCUCAGGAUACCAGGACGGCCACGUGUCCUCGGCCGUGGAGUUGGGCACAGAGAUACACCAGGUCCAUGCCAACGAGAAGGAGGAGAUGCAGGAGCUAAACGUGAGGUUUGCAGGCUACAUCGAGAAAGUCCAGGCCCUUGAACAGAGGAACGCCCUGCUGAUGGCCGAGCUGGCUGCGCUACAGGGCCGCUUCAAGGGAGGCCCCACCGGCAUCGGAGAAGAGUACAACCUCAAGUUCAAGGAGAUGAGGGAGCUGAUCGAAGCCUUGACCAAUGAGAAGGGAGCUGCUGAUAUUGAGAGGGGAUACAUUGAGGAGGAGGUGGAGGUGUGGAGAAUGAAACUGGAAGAGGAGCUGGCACUGAAAGAGGAGGCAGAGAUGAUCCUGAGGGAAUUCCGUCAAGACGUUGACAAUGCCACUCUGCAGAAGGCUGAGCUCGAGAAGAGUGUCGAACAGCUGGUGGCCGAGAUUGAGUUCCUCAAGAAGUUGCAUGACGAGGAAGUUGCCGACCUCAUGAAGCAGAUCGAGGACUCCAAGGUGACCGCGGAAGUCGACGGUGACCGCCCCGACCUCGCCGCCUACCUCCGCAACAUGCGAGCCGAGAUUGAGACUGUGGCGGCCAAGAACGUCCAGGAAGCGGAGAAGUGGUACAAGGGCAAGUUUGAAACCCUCAAAGAAGUCGCCGGCAAGAAAGAAGAGCAGAUGAAGUCCAUGAAAGAAGAGAUCACCACCUUCCACAACCAGGUGACAGACCUCCAGAACCAGAUCGACGGGCUGAGGGCGAGAAACGCAGCCCUGGAGCAGCAGCUGGAGGACAUGGAGAUGGCCCACAUGGAUAAGGUUGGAGGCCUGGAGGGCAUCAUUGCUCAGCUGGAGCACCAGCUCUGCGAGACCAAGAUGGAGAUGGGCAAGUACCUGGCCGACUACCAAGAGCUGCUGCACAUCAAGCUGAAGCUGGACGCUGAAAUCGCCGUCUACAGGAAGCUGCUGGAGGGAGAGGAGAGCAGGCUGGGGAUCUCUGCAGGGAAACAACCAGAAGCUUAAGGUGUCUAAAUAUCAUUCCAGACAGAGGAGCGCUUCAGAUCAAAAGGAGCUGUCACAGAGGACCACCUCAAUGUCCUGCAGUGUGGAGACUCACCAGCUGCCAGACGGUCUGCCUGAGCACUCCACGUUCUCCCCUACCACCAAGCUUGUCAACUCCCCCUACCUUCACUCCUCUGUUCCACCUACCCGCCCACCCUAUCAGCCCCCACCCUCUUUCUGCCCCUACACACUGUCAACCCCUAGCACAUUCCAUUACACCUUCCCAACCAGCCCACCCGUCAACCUCCCACCACCUCCUCCCAGUCCUGCCUGCCCCUGUCAACC